UGUGCAGAUAUCGAUGUGUGCCGGUGGUGCCUAGCAGAACGCCAAUGAUUAUGCCGUCGGCAGCCCACGCACCGAUUGCGAUGAGGUAGCUGGGCACAGCGCACGCACAUGGACACAUCCACACACGGACAGAGAGACGUGCUUUCUUCCUUCCCUGUCUGUCUUUGUCAGACCUCCUGUGUUGCCGUCUAUGCCGCCCCUAGCGCCUUCCCUGCCGUCCUUGCCGCCCUUCGCACCCUUCUAUCGACCACCCCGCCCGGCCCUUCCCCCACAGCCGAUGCGGGCACAGCCGAUUCCGCAGUGGGCACCAACGGCCGUGGGACCUGGGAACAGGCAGCUGCUCAUUGCGCUUGCUCAUUGAUGCCUCUCCCUGGCUGACUGAAUCACUGACUGACGGACGUGUACUGGCUUUUGUUUUGCGGUGUGUGUACUCAAGCGUAUUCGACGGACGGACUGGGUGACCGAGCAAGGCCUCCGAUGUGAGAAUAUGCACACAAAACACUAGGGGCACAAUAGCCAUGUGGUGUCUCUGGUUGUGAUGCAUGCAGAGUGGACAUGGAGAGGGUAGAGCCACCUCGAGUGCGCGAGGCAAGGAGAGGGCGAGAUGCUCGUGUAAGUAUGUGGAGUACGAGACAUGUUCAAGGCAAAUAUGCCUCUUGCUUUGUCUCUUUCCUUGUGUGCAGAUUGCUGCUUACAUUUUGUAUUCGUCGACAUGUACUCAAACGUAUCUGACGGACGGGCUGGGUGACCGAGCAAGCAGCGGCGAGCAAGACCGUAUCAUGAGCCCAUUGUGAUGAGCGGCCUCCGAUGUGAGAAGAUGCACACAAAAGACUAAGACCACAGUACUGCAUGUGGUGUCUCUGGUUGUGAUGCAUGCAGAGUGGAGAGGGAGCGAUGGCAGCGGGAGCCACAGCACCUGCGAGAUGAAUCGGUCGAGAUUGCGGCGUGCGAGGCUGCCAUCGACGCGGCCCUCGCAUCGUCUCCGCUGUGUCGCCCCGCAGCGUCCUCCGACACCCCCCUGGCUGCCCCUGCUGCUGCCCCUGCUGCUGCCAGGUACGUCGGUGUGUAUGCGAUGUUGAAAUUGUGGCGCGCACCGACACGCACACGUCACUCACUGAUCAUAUCGUUGCCUGGUGUGUGCAUGCAGAUGUGAGAGCGACCAGGUUGAGACGCCACUACGCGCCGAGCUUGAACAGCUGAAGGCCGAAUACGAGUGAGCAGACACAUCAUGUGGAGAGGAGAGUGGAGCCGACCCAUCCAUAUGUACGUACAUGACUGUGUUUGUUGGAUGGACUGAUGAAUCAAUGCAGACGCGUCCAGCAGUCGGCCGCACUCUUUGAGGACAACUACUCGACUAUUAGCGAGUUCUGGGCGGAGGCGCAGCAGGAGCUGGGUGAGCAAAGGCGUCCGCCAGGAGCGUCCACGCAUCAUACACCGAAAUUUGUGUUGGUGAUGUGGCUUUGUGUGUUUCAGACGCCGCACGGCAGCGAGUGGCCCAGCUGCAAGAGCAGCUAAAAGACGCCCAGCAAGGGUGGCAGAAGGUCGGUCACACACACGUGCGUGCAGACAGAGGAGCACUUCCUUAGUCAUACUAUCUAUGUUAUGUCCACUAUACGCGUGUGUGUCAGGCUGAGAGGGCGAGGGAAGCUCUCAUGUUCUGGCACAGGCCUGGCCGCCGGUGGGGGUGGAUGCCUCGGACCUAUUGGGAGGACGAAGACGACGACGAAGAUGACAGCAGAAGGUACACAUACUCACUCAGGCAGACCUUCCAUCCAUUGAUCGAUCGACAACAAAGGUGCUGUGCUCUCCUGUUCUGUCGAUUCAGCGACGUCACUGAGGUCGGGAUCUCGGAGUUGCAGCAGGAGAUCGACAGACUGCUCAGAGAGAGGGUCCAACGCCAGUCGACAAAAGCGUGUCGCUCUUACGUGUUGCCAAGUCCGUUCCGUCUGUCUGUGUGGCUUGCAGAAUGCCUUGGUAAAGCAGUCCCAACAGCGGGAGGUGGAUUCCAUGCAGCAGCAACAGCAGCCUCACGAGAUGCUCGAGUAAGUAUGUGGUGUACGAGACAUUUUCAAGGCGAGCAAUCCUCUUGCAGCGCCUGCCUUUAUCUGCAGAUUGCUGCUUACAUUUUAUAUUCGUCGACAUCUACUCAAACGUAUUCGACGGACGGGCUGGGUGUCAUGCGUUGGUUGUCGCCCCUGCUGAGUGGGACGACGACGGCCUCGAUGACAGCCGCAGGUACACACACUCACUCAGUCACCCAGUCCAUCCAUUGAUCGACGAUCGACAACACAGGUGGUGUUGUGCUGUUCUGUUCUGUCGAUUCAGCGACGCCAGCGACAUCACUGUGGUCGCAGUUGGCGCGGGGGCGAAACUCGAAGACGAAAAGGUACAUACCAAAGAAGGGCGAUUGGUCCCCUCCCUCCUGCCACAAACACACUCUGACAUGACACACUAUUCCCUCCCUCUGCAGGCAUCCUUAGCAAGGGAAGUCGAGUUUCUCCAGGGAGAAUACAACGCCCAAAGCGUAGGCAGACGGAAGCAAAGCUUAUCAUCCCCUAUCUAUCUAACCGCGCAUCGAUCAGGAUUUUCUCAUGCUGCUGAAGAGUUCGCUCGAUCGCAUGAUGCUACAGAUCAACGAGCUCCAGCAGGACAAGGUGCGUCGGACAAAGGAGACACGAGACAGCCCGGAGCACCCCUUUAUUGCCUGUAUGUCACGUGUGGCUGCAGGAUGGGAUGAGUGAGGAGCUCGCAGAGAUGGAGACACACUCGGUGAGACAGACAGACAGACAGACUGAUGGAGCGUCUUCCUUGUCUGCAGAUUGCUGCCUACCUUUUAUAUCGGUGCGUCAGGGAUCUCACUUUCGGAGUGCAUGUCAAAUGGACAAAACCGACUUGUGCGUGGCAACGGGAUCGACAUGGUUCGCAGAGACAUGUGACAGGCUAACUGUCAAAUUGUAUGUAUUGGCAGCAAAGACCUCACAAACACACAGAGACACACACGCACACACGAUUUCACCCGCGUCUAUCCACACGUCCGCCCCCUGACUCAGCUAAGAGCGUCUUGGCAGCGAUGAACGCGCGCUUCAGCUCAGUGUUCUCUGUCUCCAGAGCAGAUAUGACAUUCUCAAGAUCCCUCAUACUCCCAGGCACCCGUUUGCAACAUUGCGGAUGUUGAGGUGCGUUUCGACCUGGUGGCGCCAACACAGGAGGGAGACCAUGCCCCUGGCACACACAGAGAGGAUGUUCUGUGAGUGGGAUUGACGUGGCUGGCUGCGUAUGUGUCUGGGUGAGUGAGCUGGUGGGAUGCAAUGGCGAAGCAGUGCAGUGAGUGCAUGUACAUUUAACCAUAUUGAUCAGCUGAUGGAUGGAUGGAUGCGGGGAGGAGAUCAUGACGAUGGUAUGGUAUUUAUCUGUG